AUAACCAUGCAAAUAUCAAUCCCCCUAAUCGAACAAUCCGAAUGCACCCACCUCGCCCACCAAGCCCACGCCCUCACCACUCUCACCCCCCACAGUAACCCCCCCAUCCUAAUCCACCCCCUCAACACCGGCCUCGCCAUCCGCACCACCACCACCGCCACCAACAAACUCAACCGCGCCGUCGGCCUCGCCAUCUCCACCCCCCUCACCCCCCACGACCUAACAACCCUCGAACAUCUCUACGCUGAUAUCCAUCUCCAUCCCGAGAUACAUCUCGCUGAGACGGCGCAUCCGGCUGCGGGGAUACUGUUACGGGAACGCGGGUGUGAGGAUGUUGGGGAGGUGGGGGUUUAUGUGCUCUCGCUUGAUUCUGUGGCUUUGGGUCAUGGGGAUGGGGGGAGGGAUGGGAUUGAGGUGUUGGAGGUGAUUAAUCCCACGGAGGAAGAGAGAGAGGAGUUUGUGGCGGCGUCGGUGGCGGGGUUUAGGGAUACGGGGCGGAGCGAGGAGUUACUGGCUUUGUUGGCGCGGUUGGCGGCGGUGAGAGGGGAUACGGGGGUGUUUGUUGCGAGGGGGGCUACGGAGGAGGUGGUUGGGUGUGCGGCGUUGGGGGUGCUUGAUACAUGUCUGAGUGAUGGUGGUGGUGAUGUUAAAGGGAAAGGGGGGAGGGAGAAAAUCGGACAUUUGUAUCUGGAUAGUACGGUGCCUGGGUAUCGGGGGAUGGGGGUACAUAGGGCGUUGAUUCGGGCGAGGUUGAAGAAGUGUAGGGAACUUGGGUUGAGGGUGGUCACACUGGCGACGAAGGUCGGGGGUGGGAGUGCGAGGAAUGCGGAGAGGGAGGGGUUUGAGUUGGGGUAUAGGAAGGGGGUUUGGGUUUAUACUAGUUGA